GACGGUGGGGUGGGACCCCCGCGUUCAGAGCGCACUGAGGAAGCGGAGGUUUCACAAGCUGGGGUACACGUGACACUCRGGGGGUGCGGCAGGAACCACCAACAGCCCUGCAGUGCCCCGGUCCCCGCGACACGGCCCCCCCCGGUGCCCCGGUGGCCAUGGCGCCCUGGCUGCCCACCAAGGAGGACAAGUACGGUGUGGCCGUGUGGAAYUUCCCGCGCACCAAGGAGCAUCACCUCCCUCUGCAGAUCGGGGAGAUGGUGCACAUCCUGCAGGCCUCCGAGGGCUGGUACUGCGGGUACUCGCUCCGGAACAGGGCUGCAUGGGGCAUCUUCCCGGCCUCGCUGAUCCGGCUGAAGGGCACCGUGGUGGAGCAGCGGGGGGCGGAGGAGAGCGUGGUGCCCGCCGAGAUGCCMAUGGUGCAGGAGAUCACCACCACGCUGCGGGAGUGGGCCACCAUCUGGAAGCAGCUCUACGUGGCCGGRCAGACGGAGCGCUACGGGCAGGUGAAGCGGAUGAUGCAGGAGCUGAUGGAGCAGCGCUCGCAGCUGCUCUCGGGGACGCUGCCCAAGGACCAGCUCCUGCGGCUCAGGAAGGAGGUGACCGGCAAGAUGGACUACGGCAACAAGAUCCUCGCCCUCGAUCUGGUGGUGCGGGAUGAGGACGAGAACAUYCUGGACCCCGACAGGACCAGCGUCAUCAGCCUCUUCCAGGCGCACCGGAGGGCGGCGCAGACCCUCAGCCGGCGCAUCCAGGAGGAGACGACCCCGCAGCCGAGAGCUCCUGGCCACGGCGCCCACGGGGCCGCUUCUCCCUCGCACAACCUCUACCUGUGCGUCCGCAACUUCGUGUGCCACAUCGGGGAGGAGGCGCAGCUCUUCAUGGCGCUGUACGACCCCGGCGAGCAGCGCAUGAUCAGCGAGAACUACGUGAUCCGCUGGGCCAGCACCGGCGUUCCCCAGGACAUCGAGCUGCUCAACAACCUCAAGGUCGUGUUCACGGACCUGGGCAGCACGGACCUGCAGCGGGAGCGGCUGUUCCUGGUGUGCCAGAUCAUCCGUGUGGGGCGCAUGGACCUGCGGGACAGCCACAGCCGCAAGCUCAGCACGGGCCUGCGCCGGCCCUUCGGCAUCUCAGUGAUGGACAUCACCGACAUCACCAAGGGGACGUGUGACAGCGACGAGGACAAGCAGCACUUCAUCCCCGUCCAUCUCGUGGCCGAUGGUGAUUUCCUUCACAAUAUGAUCCGGAAGGCGGUGGAGGGCAAGGACAUCAACCACAAGGGACAAGGGCUCUGGGUGUCCCUGAAGAUGCUGUGGGGGGACCUGAGCCAGGUGAGGAAGGACCACCCACACCUGGUGGACCGCGGCACGGUGGUGGCUCGCAAGCUGGGCUACCCGGAGGUCAUCAUGCCAGGUGAUGUCAGGAACGACAUCUACCUGACGCUGGUGCAGGGCGAGUUCGACAAGGGCAACAAGAAGACGCAGAAGAACGUGGAGGUGACCGUGUGUGUCUGUGAUGAGGCGGGGAAUGUGGUGCAGCGGGGCAUUGGCGAGCUGGGGGCUCAUUCCACGCCACCUGCCCUCACCUUGGCACUCCUUCCCCCCCAGAUCGCUGUCCCCAUCGAGGACGUCCACAGGACCCACCUGAGGUUCACCUUCCGCCAUCGCUCCUCCAGCGACUCCAAGGACAGAAGCGAGAGGAUUUUCUCCAUGGCUUUCGUCAGGCUGAUGCGCCCCGAUGGCACCACGCUGCGGGACGGGGAGCACGACCUGGUGCUCUACAAGGGGGACAACAAGAAGCUGGAAGAUGCCAGCGUGUACCUGUCCCUGCCCUCGGAGAGGAGCCUGUCCGAGUCRAAGCUGCUCUCGGGCUCCUCGUUCCGUGUGAGCAGCUCCACACCAGCUCUGGCUGUGUCCGGCCGGGACAGCUUCCAGAUCUCCACGCUCGUCUGCUCCACCAAACUGACCCAGAACGUGAACCUGCUGGGGCUGCUGAAGUGGCGCUCCAAGCCCAGYCUGCUCCGCGGGAACCUCCAGAAGCUGAUGAACGUGGAUGGAGGGGAGGUCAUCAAGUUCCUCCAGGACACGCUGGACGCUCUGUUCUCCAUCAUGAUGGAGCACUCAGAGACAGAUACCUACGACACCCUCGUGUUUGACGCCCUGGUUUUCAUCGUGGGGCUGGUGGCCGACAGAAAGUUCCAGCAUUUCAACACGGUCCUGGAGGCCUACAUCCGCCAGCACUUCAGYGCCACGCUCGCCUACAAGAAGCUGCUGUCGGUGCUGACGCAGUAYGUGGAGCAGGCGGGCCGGGGGGAGCCCUGCGAGCCCCUCCCGCGCACCUUCAAAGCCUUGGAGUAUCUCUUCAAGUUCAUCGUCCGCUCCCGCCGCCUCUUCGCCCAGCUCUACGAGGGGAAGGAGGUGGCCGAGUUCCAGAACUCGCUUCAGCGCUUCUUCUUCGCCCUGAACCAGCUGAUGAAAUCCCCGCUGGAGGGUCCCACGCUGCUCUCCCAGGGAGCAGCCCUGAAGUAYCUCCCCUCCAUCCUCGAGGACGUGUUUGGGAUCUUUGACUCCUCCGCGCUGGGGGCCGUGCUGCGGGAUUUUGUGGGGAACCUGCUGCCCCAGCGGCUGCUGAAGCAGAAGCUGCAGUCCCUGACUCACAUCGCCAGCAGCAAAGCCUUCCAGUCCCACGAGUGCCGGGAGCUGGUGCUGGAGGCGGCCCUGCCCAUCCUGCAGAASCUGAUCCGGGCGGGUGAGGAGGAGGAUGCCUGCAUGGAGCUGCUCAGCAGCAUCCUGGAGGUGCUCUACCAGGCCCAGAAGAGAGCAGAGAAACUGCAAGGACAGCACAAGGACCGUGGGGAUGUGGAGCUGGCACAGGUGAAGAAGCACAUCCAGGUGAUCCUGGAGCAGCUGCUACACACGGUCAAUCGCAGGGUGAUCGUUCUGGACCGGGAGAACCCGCUGAGGAGCCACUACGUGGCCUGCAUGGCCUCCAUCCUGAGCCAGAUGGACAAGGACCACUACAGCACCUACAUCCAGGCGUUCCCCUCCCGGCCUGAGCUGAUGGAUUUCCUCAUGGAGACCUUCAUCCUUUUCAAGGACCUGAUUGGGAAGACGGUGUACCCUUGUGACUGGAUGGUGAUGAACAUGGUGCAGAACCGGGAGUUCCUGCGUGCCAUCAACCAGUUUGCUGUGACCUUGACAGAGAUGUUCCUGAGCAACAGCAACUUCGAGCUGCAGCUUUGGAACAAUUAUUUCCACCUGGCCGUGGCCUUCCUCACCCAGGACUCCCUGCAACUGGAGAACUUCUCCCCGGCCAAGCGCAACAGAAUCCUGGCCAAGUACGGGGACAUGAGAGCCACGAUUGGAGCGUCCAUCCGGGACAUGUGGUACAACCUCGGCCAGCGCAAGAUCGAGUUCAUCCCGGGCAUGGUGGGGCCCAUCCUGGAGAUGACGCUGGUGCCCGAGCAGGAGCUGCGCAGCUCCACCAUCCCCAUCUUCUUCGACAUGAUGCUGUGCGAGCACCGCCUCACCGGGAGCUUCAGCCGGUUUGAGGACGAGAUCCUGCGCAGGCUGGACAGCGAGGUGGAGGGCGGCCGCGGGGACGAGCAGUACAUGCAGCUUUUCAGGAGCAUCCUGCUGAACUGCUGCCAGAGCCACCCCGAGCUGGCCAAGCCUGGAGAGGACUUUGUGGAGCUGGUGAGCGGGCUCCUGGAGCGGCUCCUGGACUACCGGGCUGUCAUGAAUGACGAGAACAAGACCUACAGCAUGAGCUGCACCGUCAACCUCCUGAAUUUCUACAAGGAGAUCGACCGCCAGGCCAUGUACAUCAGGUACCUGUACAAGCUGAAGGACCUGCACAUCAGCUAUGAGAACUACACAGAGGGAGCCUACACGCUGCUGCUGCACGCCCGGCUGCUCACGUGGUCAGAUGAGCCCAACGCAGCCUCUGUGCCAGGUCCCCACGGCCCCCACCUGCACACCCAGCGCCAGCUGAAGGAGGCUCUGUACAACCAGAUCAUCGAGUACUUUGACCAGGGCAAGAUGUGGGAGGAGGCCAUCCACAUCUGCAAGGAGYUGGCGGAGCAGUACGAGAGCCACGUCUUCGACUACGAAAUGCUGAGCGACAUCCUGCAACGGGAAGCCAAGUUCUAUGAGAAGAUCCUGAAGGUGCUGCGGCCCAGCCCGGAUUAUUUUGCCGUGGGGUACUAUGGGCAGGGCUUCCCCACCUUCCUGCGGAACAAGGUCUUCAUYUACCGGGGCAAGGAGUACGAGCGGCGGGAGGACUUUGAGAUGCAGCUGCUGAGCCCCUUCCCCAAUGCUGAGAAGCUGAAGAGCACAGCUCCCCCUGGCCCGGACAUCACGGACUCUCCAGGGCAGUACAUCCARUGCUUCACCGUGCAGCCGGCCGAGGGAGCCAAGGUCCGGCUCAAGGGCCGGAGCAUCCCGGAGCAGAUCACCAACUUCUACAAAGCCAACCACAUCCAGAGGUUCAGCUACUCGCGGCCCUUCAAGAGGGGCCCCAACGAUCCCGACAAUGAAUUUGCAAACAUGUGGAUUGAGCGGACAACCUUCACCACCGCCUAUCCCCUGCCCGGCAUCCUGCGCUGGUUCGUUGUCACCUCCACUGAAAUGACCCUCAUCUCCCCCCUGGAAAACGCCAUUGAGACCAUGAUGAAAACCAACGAGAAGAUCAUGAGUGAGAUCAAUCGGCACCAGAACGACCCCAGCCUGCCCAUCAACCCUCUGUCCAUGCUGCUCAACGGCAUCGUGGACCCCGCUGUCAUGGGCGGCUUCGCCAAGUACGAGAAGGCUUUUUUCCAGGAGUCCUACGUGCAGGAGCACGCUGAGGAUGGAGGGAACAUCGAGAAGCUGAAGGAUCUGAUCGCCUGGCAGAUCCCGCUGCUGGCAGAGGGGAUCCGGAUCCACGGGCAGAAGGUGACAGAGGACCUGAGACCCUUCCACGAGCGCAUGGAGCAGUGCUUCGAGCAGCUGCGGGCCAAGGUGGAGAGCCAGUACGGGGUGCGGGAGAUGAUGUUCUUUGAGGACCGGCGGAGUGGACGGCCCCGGUCCAUAGCCUGGGUACCCRACUGGGACCGGCUGAGCCACGCUGGAGCCAGCACGGAGGUGCCCCCGACCCCAAAGCCUKCCCCCCGCCCCUCGGAGAGCGAGGAGCGCAGGAACGAGCGCAAGGAGAGCCGCUCCAGCUUCAUCUUCGGGGCCUGGCGCCACGACCCACGCCAGUCCAUCUCGGAGCUGCCAGAACCCAAGGACGAGAAGUGGAGACUCUCCUGCAACAUGAGCGAGAGCAGCCAGAGCUCUGAUGGGAAACAGCCCUCACCAAGCCGACCUGCUGCUGCUGCUGCUCAGCCCAGCGCUGCAGGCUCAUCCCCGUCUCCCACUGGCUUUGGUGGCCGCGUGAAAAGCGCCAGCAAGCUCCCGCCGCUGCCCCGCAAGAUCAGCCCCGCGGUGUACGAGACCUUUCUGGAGCAGAGCGACACCACGGCCGGAGGGAAGGCAUCCACGUCCCCAACAGCAGAUGGGACCAAAAGCCUCAAGUCACCGCCGCUGCCACCACCCAAGUCCAAGCGACUGUCCCAGCUGUGACCCAGUGCCACCUGCAGCUGCCCAGAGCGUCCCUGUGCCCAACCAGCUGCUGGCCUCACAGUCCUGCUUGAUUCUCAACUGCUGGAGCACCUCUUGCAGCAUUGGCACCCUGAGCAUCCCCCAUGGCAAUGGGACUCCCUGUGUGCACCGRGCACUGCCCCAGUCUGUCCCCCAGCUCUGGCUAUUGCCACCCUCCAGGUGUCCCCUGGGGCUGGGACCCACCUGGCCAUGGAUGCCACUGAGUUCCCACACCCACAGCCUCUCCCAGCCCCUCCCUCCCUCCACCCAAGCUGCCCACGGACUGUGCCACAGGCAGGGAGCCACCCCCCUUCCCAGCUGAAUUUCUGAGCGAUUUCUGCUCCUCUCUCCCCCGACAGCUCCCACCCCAUUGUGCAGCACCAGAACCCAUUUGUGGCUUGGGCAGUGACUGCACAGGACCUGGCCCGGUGUGCACGCUCUGCAGUGCCACCUCUCCUGCCCACCCCUGCCCCAGGCACGUGUCACUGCCCUGACUGGCCCUGCCACGCUCAGCUCCUGCCUUUGCACUGCAGCCACGGCUAAUAAAGGGCAAACACAUCAGCUGGGCACCCAUGCGAGCCCCAGAACCCCCCCUGCUCGCCCACAGCCCACCCAGGGGCCCGUCCCCAGCUGGCACC